CAUCGCCACAGACGACGGAGGGCGUGAGACGGAUCGAGGCGUGUGGAGAUCUCAGGCUCCGAGGCUACAUGCUCAGCUGUCCCUGGCUUUAAGAAGAACCACGCUGAUCAGCAGGAAACAUGGAUUUUGUAAUGAAGCAAGCUUUAGGCGGAGCCACCAAAGACAUGGGUAAGAUGCUGGGAGGAGAGGAGGAGAAGGACCCGGACGCAGCCAAGAAGGAGGAGGAGCGGCAGGAGGCGCUGAGGCAGCAGGAGGAGGAGAGGAAGGCCAAACACGCCCGCAUGGAGGCGGAGAGGGAGAAAGUACGGCAGACCAUCAGGGACAAGUACGGGCUGAAGAAGAAGGAGGAGAAGGAGGCGGAGGAGAAGGCGGCCAUGGAGCAGGCCUGCGAGGGCUCGCUGACGCGUCCCAAGAAGGCCAUCCCGAGGGGCUGUGGCGACGACGACGAGGAGGACGAAGAGAGCAUCCUGGACACCGUGCUCAAGUUCCUGCCCGGACCCCUGCAGGACAUGUUCAAGAAGUAAAACCCC